UCCCAUCCACCCCGUACUCCGUACAGAGUAAGGUAUCUGUACAGAGUGCCCGUACAGGGGACACAACCCGCGCCAUUGACGCGUCUGGCCCCCAAUCAACACCUAAGCUUCUUUCCUCGAUUCUCCCUCCCCUCCUCUCGAGACACGCGCUCACGUACGCACACACACACACACACACACACACACACACACCAACCACACUGUGUUGUCUCACUACUUACGGACAUCAUCCGACUCGGACACCACCGUUGGUCCACAUCACCGCUCCAGCUUCAAUCACGUUGUGAAAUGCCGCCCAAGAAGCGUACUACCGUCGUCGCCGCCGCCGCCGCCGCCGCCGCCGCCAUGCCGCUUGGCGAAGCCGACGCGAACCGCGGGUCGGCAACAAACAACACAACCAUAGAGCCCGCCGAGAAGCCGGCCCCCAAGUCUCGCAAGCGUAAGUCGGACGCCGUCGACGGGGCCGCCGAGGCGCCGGCCCCCAAAAAGCAGUCGACCAAGGGAGAGAAAGACCCCCUCCCCGACCUCUCUGGCAUCCACCUCGAUGGCGAUGAGGACAUGAACGUCCCCAUCUACGACACGUGCGACACCGCCCGCACCAAGAUCCGCGCCAUUCUGAAGAAGGACGGCGUCACCAAGGCUGCCUUCCUGCGCGCCCUCGUCACGGCCGCCUACCCCUCGGGCUCGACGCACAAGAUUGCCUACAACUCGCUGUCUGAUUUUCUGAAGAAGAAGGGCCCGACGUCCGGCAACACGAGCAGCGUCUUCUACGCCGCCUACGUCUUCUUCGAGAAGCUGCGCAUCCUGACCAAGAAACCCAAGGGGAAAACGAGGCUGGAGAUGGAGCUCUUGUGGCCUGAUGGUUUCGACACACACGCCCAGAUGGUCAGUUACAUCGUGCCUACGUAUGCCACGUUGACGAUGGAUCAGUACGGCAAGGUUCACUGUCAUUGAUUCAGGCGGACUUCGAUUUGUCCAAUUCUCUCUCAUGGUUUCCAAUUUGGAUUCGGAUGCAGGUAUUCCGGGAUAGGAUCCGGGGUACGAGUUUUCAGUCACUUGUUGCCCAACAUCCUCCUGGCGCACGUAUCGAUCUGCGUCUCCUAGUCCCCCAUUCACAAAUUCGUCUGCGUUAAACAUUGUUGGAGUCAACCCAUUUCUGGUGCGCCAUUGAAAAUUCUCGGCCAUAGAAUCUAGCAGCCUGACUCGAGGGCAGGGUGACAGCCAUAUGAGCCGAUAUAUCUGCGACGGGGCGGCGGGGCAGGGAUCACGGAGCAUCGGCACGGCCACACGGGCGAGUCAUCGGCUACCUCGGCCUCCUCCGAUGGAUGCCCUGGGUCAACGACUUACUUGACACAAAUGCUUGCCCUUCCCCCCUCUUGCGCAUCUGCCCCUGGUCCGUACCAGUCACACUGAACUUUGAGCCCGUGCCCGGUCGCCCAAACAAAACGAGAAACAAUAAGGAGGGAGCCUUGAGCUCUCGCGGAAUUGAGUGGACGUACGAAUCAGGCAACUUGACUGGGUGGCGCCGUGGUGGUGUCCAUUGGUUCUAAUAGACCGUCUUUAUGUGACACGGAAAACACGGCACAAUGCUUGCAUAACUCUAUUGGACUAAAGAGCAUCCCCAGCCAGCUUCAGCUCGCUGGGUUUCGUUUCAUCGAGACCGGCGCAGGGCUAUAAAGGAAGUUUUUGUCCAUGUGCCUAGUUCCUUCAGUGAAUCGGACGGUGAGACGUCGCCUGCUCGAGGGCAGCUCCCCUGGUCAGUAGGUUUGGCCCUCAAGGAAUGACCGAUUGGCAAAAUGAACCCAUUCAAACUGCAACCGACACCGUGCAUACGCGCGUUACAUAGAGGUCUUUUAAACCACCAUAUCGAUUC